GUUGUACAUUGCCAGGGGCUGAUCAGACCCUCAGAUGCCUGCGAGGGGGGGAAGAUGGGGUAUAAAGAGAAACAGAGACAAUAUUCAAGGCGCAAGGCGACUGGGAGAAGCCUGUCUCUAGUGGACAGACUCAACAAUCUUUGGGUUGACCAACUUUUAUUGGGAAGCCUAAAGCACAGGGGUAGGGAUAGUGUACUUUUCAUGGAACAAUGACUGCCAGUAAAUGUGUAACUAAUGAGUAAUAGGGAACAAGAUUAAUGGGGAACAGGUUCUUUCUUCUACCCUGAUGCCUGUGUUUUUUGCAUUGACCUCAGCAGAAAUUACAGUGGACCCUGGAGUUUCAAUGGGCCCGACAUAUGAUCAACUUGGAUUAUGACUAGAAUUUUAGCUUUAACUUAAGACCAAAAUCUUGAGUAGUGACCCGAAUGCUGGCUGCCUGUGCUUCCUGAUGGUCUCAGAUACAGAUUUAACCCUUAAAGAGUUCUGGAAGGAACAUUACAGCAUCCUUUCCUGUAUGGGGAUAGAUAAAUCCCGGGCCCAUGUCUCUCUAAGGACACUGAGGUCUGCCUGUUCACAGGAGAGAGACUUUGAGGCUGUGCAGAGGAGCCUGAGCCUUCAUUUGACAACCUGAGUUACAACCAGCCCUCAGGAAUGAAUUGAGUUUCUAAGCCCAGGGGCCAAUGUAUCUUGCCUUAGGAGUGCUGUGCUUGUGAGUUUUCACACACAGCCAGGAAGCCUAUGGUUUUUCCAUUAACUUCUCAGUUCCUAAAGCAAGUUACAUGAGCCCUGGACUGUGGGGCAUAAAUCGCACAUCUGGCCCCCAAUAAUUCCCCCCAUACCUGGUCCCCAACAAUGCACCACCACACCUGUUUGACACCAUUGUGUUUCUAUUCCUGUGGCUGUCUCCUUCCAAGUAUUUGUCUCUCUGUCUCUCCAGUGUCUCUCAGUCCCUGUCUGGAUCCUGCUGGGGGUCCACAGAGCUAGCAAAGUCAGGUCCCUGCUUCUAGACUGGAGCUCCAGCUUCCUAACACGUACCCACUCUGUGCUGCCCUACAGGUGCCUGAGAUGCUACCACUGCCAAAGAAGCGCUGGGAGUCCAUGGCCAAGGGGCUGGUGCUGGGUGCUGUCUUCACCAGCUUCCUGCUGCUGCUCUACUCCUAUGCUGUUCCCCCGCUGCAUGCUGGCCUGGCCUCCAUGACCCCAGAGGACAUAGCACCCUGCUCCCCGGCCCCUAGUGAGUCAGAGCUGGUGACCUCUGCCAACAGCUCGUCAGGAGGGUGCCAGCCCCGGCGAGACCUCGUGUUCAUGAAGACGCACAAGACAGCCAGCAGCACUCUGCUCAACAUCCUGUUUCGUUUCGGCCAGAAGCACAGGCUCAAGUUUGCCUUCCCCAGUGGCCGCAACGACUUCGACUACCCUGCCUACUUCGCGCGCAGCCUGGUGCAGGAUUACCAGCCCGGAGCCUGCUUCAACAUCAUCUGCAACCACAUGCGCUUCCACUACCACGAGGUGCGCGGCCUGGUGCCGCCCAACGCCACCUUCAUCACCGUGCUCCGCGACCCUGCCCGACUCUUCGAGUCCUCCUUCCACUACUUCGGGUCCGUGGUGCCCCUCACGUGGAAGCUCUCGAGCCAGGACAAGCUGGCAGAGUUCUUGCAGGACCCGGAUCGCUACUACGACCCCAAUGGCUACAACGCCCACUACCUCCGCAACCUGCUCUUCUUUGACCUGGGCUACGACAGCAGCCUGGAUCCCAGCAGCCCGCAGGUGGAAGAGCACAUCCUGGAGGUGGAGCGCCGCUUCCACCUGGUGCUUCUCCAGGAGUACUUUGAUGAGUCUCUGGUGCUGCUGAAGGACCUGCUGUGCUGGGAGCUGGAGGACGUGCUGUACUUCAAGCUCAACGCACGUCGCGACUCGCCCGUGCCGCGGCUCUCGGGGGAGCUAUACCGCCGCGCCACGGCCUGGAACAUGCUGGACGCGCGCCUCUACCGCCAUUUCAACGCCAGUUUCUGGCACAAAGUGGAGGCCUACGGGCGGGAGCGCAUGGCCCACGAGGUGGCCGCCCUGCGCAGUGCCAACGAGCGCAUGCGCCGCAUCUGCAUAGAUGGCGGACAGGCGGUGGACGCGGCCGCCAUCCAGGACUCAGCCAUGCAGCCCUGGCAGCCGCUGGGCACCAAGUCCAUCCUGGGCUACAACCUCAAGAAGAGCAUCGGCCGGCGGCACGAGCAGCUCUGCCGUCGCAUGCUCACCCCCGAGAUCCAGUACCUGAUGGACCUGGGAGCCAACCUCUGGGUCACCAAGCUCUGGAAGCUCAUUAGGGACUUUCUGCGGUGGUAACCUCCGUCCUGGCGCUGGCCUCCCCUGACCUCUCCAGGUGCCACCCUGGACCCCAGGGUGAGGUGGGGCUUUCAUGGGGACAUAGCUGGCCAGGAUUGGGCCAUGGCGCACACAGAGGGCCUAAUCGAGAUCAGUAUUUGACUAAUUACAGCAUUUUUUAAUUUAAACUCCCUGCCCGAUGUUUCCUCCCUUGCAGGGGAGACCUCAAAAGUAAAGGAAUUUGGUGUUGUCUUUUUCUUAAUCA